CCCCAGCUCCCGUCAGCUUGACCGGUCGUAGUACGCAGCACACCCUUCUCCAACCUCCCAUCGGCCGUCAUCGCUCGUCUUCCCCCUCACCUCCGCCGCCGCUUGGCCGCAACUCCGGCGAUUUGGCAGACUGUCCCGCUCGUCCUCCUCCCGCGUUGAGCAAGGAUUUGUUUCUUAGUAGAAUAUGUCAUGCCUUGCAUGCUGUGGUGAUGAAGAUACGCAAGGAGUACCAGACAACAGGAAUCCAUACCCAGGGAACCAUCCAACAAGGAAUGAUGCAUAUCGCACAGCUGAUCCAACUCCUAGGGGUCCACAACCUGUGAAAGUGCAACCAAUUGCAGUCCCCACCAUUCCUGUUGAUGAAAUUAGGGAAGUGACUAAGAAUUUUGGUGAUGAAGCUUUGAUUGGUGAAGGCUCCUUUGGCAGAGUUUAUUUUGGUGUUCUAAGAAAUGGGAGAAGUGCAGCGGUCAAAAAGCUAGACUCUAGUAAGCAGCCAGACCAAGAAUUUUUGGCACAGGUUUCUAUGGUGUCAAGGCUUAAGCAUGAACAUGUUGUCGAGUUGCUUGGUUAUUGUGUUGAUGGGAACCUUCGUGUCCUUGCUUAUGAGUUUGCUACUAUGGGUUCUCUUCAUGAUAUGCUUCAUGGAAGGAAGGGUGUUAAAGGAGCUCAACCUGGGCCAGUCUUAUCAUGGGCACAACGGGUGAAAAUAGCUGUUGGGGCAGCAAAAGGCCUGGAGUAUCUUCAUGAGAAAGCUCAGCCUCAUAUCAUCCACAGGGACAUCAAGUCCAGCAAUGUUCUUCUUUUUGAUGAUGAUGUUGCUAAAAUAGCCGACUUUGAUUUGUCAAACCAAGCUCCUGACAUGGCAGCCCGGCUUCACUCAACUAGGGUUCUUGGAACCUUUGGAUACCAUGCACCUGAGUAUGCAAUGACUGGACAGCUUAGCUCCAAGAGUGAUGUGUACAGCUUUGGAGUUGUUCUUCUUGAGCUAUUGACUGGAAGGAAACCUGUUGACCAUACAUUACCAAGGGGACAGCAGAGUCUUGUGACAUGGGCCACCCCAAGGCUUAGUGAAGACAAGGUCAGGCAAUGUGUUGACUCAAGACUUGGAGGGGACUAUCCUCCUAAAGCUGUUGCAAAGUUUGCAGCUGUCGCGGCAUUAUGUGUUCAGUAUGAAGCAGACUUUCGACCAAACAUGAGCAUUGUCGUCAAGGCGCUUCAGCCCCUCCUGAAUGCUCGAGCAACGAACCCUGGAGAAAAUGCUGGGACAUAAAUUUCAAAUUGCAUUCUGUAUGAUAGAUAAGAGAGAAGUAUGACACGCCGAUAUUGUUCCAUGUGUGGUUGGCUAGCUGGAAGUGUGUACAUUUGUGAUUAUUCUGCCCAUGUUGUAAUCAUCAGGAUUCUAGCAACCGAAAUAUUUGAUUCUUCGCAUCGGGUGAAACAUAAUGUCUGAAGGUGACAUGACUCUCUACUUAGGACAAGUUCCUAAAGAAGAAAAAUCAAAACCUACAUCCGGAACUGAGUCUA